ACGGGGCCGUCCCUUCAUCCAAUCGCGUUGAGAGCAGAGCCAGAUGAUUGGUGACGAAGGCAGGCUAGCGUUUAUUUUGGCUUUGCUUCUCAUUUGUCUAGCUGACGCCGCCAUUAAACCAGACGGAGGCAACACAAACCAUGGAGAGUCACGGAUUGAUACCAUGAUUGGAGGAGUUCAGAGGCCUUGUCAAUGCGUGCUUUGGUCUGCAACAGGUUGACGUGUGCUUGAAGGAAAACAUGUGAGAGACUGAGGGAAUCGUGACUAUUGGGAUUGGGAAAGGUUUGACUGAGCAGGAGGAAGGAGGUGGGGGGCGGGGGGACUGGACAAGAAAGGUUUGUUGUGGUUUUCAGCAGCAGUUGAAAGACGGACGAAGUCGCGAAACGUUCCUCACAUCCGAACAGAGUGACCCACAAUGACAGAACAGAGGGUGAAGUGGGCCUGUGACUACUGCACUUUUGAGAACUGGCUCUCUGCAAUCAAGUGUACAAUGUGCCGAGCACCGAGGCAGAGGGGCCCCAUUAUCACGGAGGAACCUUACAAAAACCGUCCUGAUCUGGAUCCCAACGUGGAAUGGGAUCCGCCUAGAACUGAGAGCGGAAGCAGCCUCCUCAUUUGCCCUGACUCCAGUGCGAGACCCAGAGUCAGACCUUCCAGCAUGGCGGAGAUAGCCAGUAAGUGGUCUUGCCAGAUGUGCACCUACCUGAACUGGCCUCGAGCGAUUCGUUGCACGCAGUGCCUGUGUCAGCGCCCAAAGGCCGGCAGUCCCACGGAAUCCCCCCAGACAUCGGGCUCCAACGCAGGCUGCCGACCUGCCGUCCACUCUCCGGUGGACACCUGUGAGGAGUAUAACGACAGGAACAGACUCAACACCCACCAGCAGUAUUGGACGUGUGCAGCUUGCACUUACCAGAACUGGCCCAGAACCACAAAGUGUGUGGUGUGCAACCUCCCCAAGCCCAAUAACCAGGAAGCCAUAGAUUCGCCAGAGUGUGCAGAACCCUCGCCCCUGAUCAAUGAACAGGACAUGGCGCGAUGGAGGGGCAACGGCAGCGGAAGCCAGGGCCAGAGGAGAUCCCCUCCCAUGGCCAAGAGAGACGACCGGGUCAAAAUGGAUUUCCAGAGGAUAGAACUGGCAGCUGGAGCCAUGAGUAGAGAGGAGCAGGAGGUUGACUUCAAGAAGCUGAAGCAGAUUAGAAACCGGAUGAAGAAAACCGACUGGCUGUUUCUCAGUGCUUGUGCAGGAGUCGUGGAGGGAGACCUGGCAGCAGUGGAGGCCUACAAGUCGUCCGGCGGGGACAUUGCUCGACAGCUCACCGCCGACGAGGUGCAGCUCCUCAACCGCUCCUCCGCCUUCGACGUGGGCUUCACCCUGGUGCAUCUGGCCAUUCGCUUCCAGAGGCAAGACAUGCUAGCCAUUCUGCUGACGGAGGUGAACCAACAGGCAGCCAAGUGCAUUCCCUCCAUGGUCUGUCCGGAGCUGACGGAACAGAUCCGAAGAGAGAUCGCAGCUUCACUACAUCAACGCAAAGGGGACUUCGCCUGUUACUUCCUCACUGACCUGGUCACCUUCACUCUGCCUGCAGACAUUGAGGACUUGCCACCUGCUGUCCAGGAGAAGCUGUUAGAUGAGGUGUUGGAUCGAGAUGUGCAGAAAGAAUUAGAGGAGGAAUCUCCUGUUAUCAACUGGUCCAUGGAGCUGGGCACACGCCUGGACAGUCGCCUUUACGCUUUGUGGAACCGCACAGCAGGAGACUGUCUGUUGGACUCUGUUCUUCAGGCCACCUGGGGCAUCUACGACAAGGACUCUGUCCUCCGCAAGACCCUCCACGACAGUCUGCACGACUGCUCUCACUGGUUUUACACACGUUGGAAGGAGUGGGAGUCUUGGUACUCGCAGAGUUUUGGUUUACAUUUCUCCCUUAGAGAGGAGCAGUGGCAGGAGGACUGGGCGUUCAUCCUGUCUUUGGCUAGCCAGCCGGGCGCCAGUCUGGAGCAGACCCACAUUUUUGUUCUGGCACAUAUUCUUCGGAGACCAAUCAUAGUCUACGGAGUGAAAUACUACAAAAGUUUCCGUGGGGAAACGUUAGGAUACACUCGCUUUCAAGGCGUGUACCUGCCGCUGCUGUGGGAGCAGAGCUUCUGCUGGAAGAGCCCCAUCGCCCUGGGCUACACGCGCGGACACUUCUCGGCGCUGGUGGCCAUGGAGAACGACGGCUACGACAACCGCGGCGCCGGCGCCAACCUCAACACCGACGACGACGUCACCGUCACCUUCCUGCCGCUGGUGGACAGCGACAGGAAGCUGCUGCACAUCCACUUCCUGUCGGCUCAGGAGAUGGGGAACGAGGAGCAGCAGGAGAAGCUGCUGAGGGAGUGGCUGGACUGCUGCGUGACCGAUGGAGGCAUGCUGGCCGCCAUGCAGAAGAGCUCCCGCCGCCGCAACCACCCCCUGGUCACCCAGAUGGUGGAGAAGUGGCUGGACCGAUACCGCCAGCUCCGGCCCUGCGCCUCCCUGUCCGACGGCGAGGAGGAGGACGACGACGACGAGUGAGGGGGGGGGGGGGAGGAGAGGGGAAGAGUUGCAGCUUGAAGCUGGACAUUGGAGGCUCUUUGAGAGUGUCUUUUAUUUUUUUUUCCUCCUUUUUUUUCUCCCCCCAAAAUGUAAAUCCAUCACUUGUAAUAAUGCAUGUGUUCUGUGAGCUCAGUGGUAGAGAAAAUACCAGCCCCAUCCCAACAGAACCCCAUCACCGUUCCCCCCACAGCACAUCACACCCACUCGCCCUCGUGUACUGCGGUUUCUCCCCGUUUGUUAUUGAGUCAUUAUCUCGACUAAACGUAUAGGAACAUAUAUUCUACUUAAGGAAAUCCCAAAGCUGCACUGGAAGAGGAAUUUCAUUUACAGACUUGCCUGGAAUUUAGCUGAAAACAGAGGAUGCUAAUCCACGUGUGUGCUGAAGGGGUCAGAUGCACCCGUUUUUUCCCCCAUUUGCUGAUCAUCCCGCAAACCCCACUGGAUGUUGGAUUUAUUUAUUUAUUUAGGAGCGUUGGCACAUGGGGCCGCUACCCUUUUGUUCUGCCCUGUUUUAUCUGUGUUCCGUUUGUUCCACUCGGUCUUGAAGUAUUUAAUUUUGCACAGAUAAUACCUACAUCCUGUGAGGGAAAAAGGGGGAGUGUGACAUUCGAGUUUACUGACAUUUUUACAUGCAACUUGGUAGCUCUUGUUCAUGUUGGAGUGGGUGAUGGUGACGCCGGCGGGGAAAAGACAAAACCAAACACUCCGCCUCUUUCAGUGGAGAGCAUUAAUAUUAAAUUUGACUCACUUGCAUCUAC